AUGGAUUUUUCAGUGAGGUGCAUAGUAAUUGCGCUUGGAAUUUUGACGGUUUCUGUGGAGGGAUUUUAUGGAGGUAAGUUUCUAGCUCUAACACACCUACAGAUUCAUUGAUAAACCAAUCUCCACCGAUUCGUGAAACCCUCGGUUUCUCGAUCCUCACGAUAGCUCAAACUCUGGCGGAGUCUUCUAUUUAAUUUAGACUUUGAAACUCCCCUGAAUUUUUCGAACCUCCCAAUAAUUCGAACCAACUCAAGUUCUACUCUUAGGUAGCCUGUUCAAGGCUCUCAGAUAGUGGGGAAGAAGCGUCAAAGUCAAGUGGGAAAAAGGGUUUUCUCCCGUUAUCUUUUCGUGUUUGUGCUUUCUCAAUCCAGCGGACCCGACUAUCUCGGAGCCUGGGACAGGCUAUCUCCUGGGAUGCUCUAGUAAAACUGCUGAACCAUUGUUUACAGCUAUAAAAUUCGUACUGAGAAUGUGACUUAAACGUGCUGAAGAGAACUGAGCUUCUCAGGAAACUAUGUAUUAUCAUAUAAAUUUAAUUGAAUUGAAUUUAAUUUGUUAAUCGCCAGUUCAAGUCCAUAAGCACAAGGUUCAAUUUCUUUUUUCCUUUCCCUUCAGCUUUGGACAAAUUUGGGAUUGUUGAGCCAUUUCCCGAUAACAUCUAUCCAAUUGAGUCCACUUCUGCCCAGGUUACCUGUGUAGCCUUUGAUUCAACUGGAAUAAAAACUCCUGAAAGGAUAGAGUUCAUGAGGAAGGACAAUUUUGCCCGAUAUACAUUUAUAACUGCUAAUGAAAACAUAUAUUUCACAAACCGAACAGAGGAAGUGGACAAGGGUAAGCCGAUGUCUUAUAAAAAUAAAACAUAAAAGUCACUCUAAGUAUUGGAACUGAUUAUCCCAUUUUAUAUUUGAUAUUACACCGCUAUUACACAAUGAGAUAGCGCGCUUUACAUUAGUGAUCUGAAUCAGCCUUCGUUCCAGGCUUGGAGGCUAGGAGCAACUCGGAAAUGGCGUAUUGCUUCAUUACAUUGUUUAAAGGAAUCUGUCAAGUUUCUUGUAUGCCUUACUACAUAAGUCAAUGGUUGUCUUUACACUAGGCUGUUAAGUAAGACUUAAGAGCUGCUAAGUUUUAUACGUGUGAAGGCCUAAGUAAAAUCUCAAGUAACUUUACUUUGCAUCUCAUUAAAGACGGAAAGUUGAAACGAUUCAAGAAUGUUCAAGUGACUUGAAAACCGUCCUUAAAACCGACUUAGCGAACUUGCGGUUUCUAAGCUUUGAGAAAGGCGAAUCGUGUCAAUCAAUCUUAAUUAUGUUGCGUGGGAAAAUAGGCUUAAGUAAACCUGAAGUAAAAAAGAUAGGUUGUGUGUGAAGCUUUCUUUUACUUGAAGAAUUUAAAAUUUACUUGGCUCGAAAUAUUUCUUAGCUUAUUUAGGCUCUAGUGUAAAGACUACCAAUGGCUGCGGUCACAUCUACGACGUAACCAAAGUUUAACUUAAGUUAGUGUCAAGUUACGUGAUGUCAUACCUAACUGUAGUUGGUGCUUUCGGUCGACAUUGCGGUCACACCACGCAGUAAACGACAGUUAGUUCUAAUUAGCGUAUGUAAUUUUUUUGUUUGUUGUUUUUGGUUUCCCCCUCGCUUCACGCUUGGUUUUUAUUUUGCAUAUUUAUAUAUACUCAUCUCGCACGUGCAAAAAGUAGUGUCACAUUGUGAUUGGUUGUUUGUUUGUAAACUUGAGACUGACCCACGAACCCUGCUUGGGUAUAACUAUAUUUAAGGGCCUAUUUACAUGGAGGUGGGGGACCCCAGGUAGGUGAGGUAACCCGCUUUGGUGGGGUCACCCGCCUGUCCAUUUGAUCUUUUAUUUUAAUUUGAUUACGUCUACAUGAUAGGUGGGGUGACCCGCCAAGGCGGGUAGCCCGGUCUGCCAGACCGGGUAACCCUCUCAGCCGGGGCCAAAUUUUGCCAUGUAAACGUUCAAGGUGGGGUAACCCGCCUGGCCGGGGUCGGAUUCGUGAUACAUCAAAUUCGCGCAAAAUUCACUUUGGUGGUGGCUUUGCAUCAUUAUUAAAGGAAACAAUAGAAAGCCACAGCACUGAAUGUUGCAGCAAGAGCAACAAGUGAGUGUUGAAGAGCAUUAAACGCCAAAACACGUGGUUUGCUAGCAUAUUUCUUGUUUACGUGGAGCGACCAUUCAAUAAUCUUGACAAAGUGCACCCCGGGAUGGCGGGUUGUAAGAUUGCAUGUAAAGGAGGGUUAUUGUUUUACCCCACCUAAGGGGGUUACCUCACCUACCUGGGGUCCCCCACCUCCAUGUAAACAGGCCCCAAGUCUGUAUUGUUUUGGAUCACAGAGGCGUAAAUUUUCUAACUAUAGUUAGAGCGAACAGAGAAGAGGUCACAUUACCGAAAUAGCUACCUAAAGUUAUCCCCGCAGCCAAUGACAAAUAUGCAAGGAAGCUAUUCGACGGUGUGGAAAUUAAUUACCUCCUAACAUUCCUAACA